GAGCACACUGAGGGGGAGCAGACAGUGUGUGCAGACACGCAGGAGAGCAGAAGCGACAGAACAAGCGGAUGAGUGCACGGGAUGGAGUGACCAGUGGAGAGGGAGAGAGAGAGUGAGCACGGCGUGGCGUGUCGGCAGCACAGGAGCAGCGAGCUGCUGCCGCGCACUAAUGCUGCUCCCGGUGGUGAGGAACGAGCGCGGGGUGGACGAUCACAGUGGGCGAGAGAGAGGAGGAGCGGAAGGCAGAGAGAGGGGCGUGUUUGAUUGACAGGAUGAGGAGGUGGGGCUUAAAGGCAAGUUGAUGAAUCUUAGUGCUCCAGUGGCUGGUGUUUAUCAGAGGACGAAGUGCAAGACCACGAGCAGCGGCUGGAGAACACCACUGAAACGAGGGAAAUAAAAGAGAGGAAAAGAGAGAGAGGGGCUGAAAUCAGAGCGUGUCACAACAGAUUUCACAUCAGCGGCGAUCCGCUCUCCUGCAGGCAAGAGCUGUGUGUGUGUGUGUGUGUGUGUGUGUGUGUGUGUGUGUGUGUGUGUGAGUGACUGAGUGAGUGAGCAAGCUAGCGUGAAGUGUAGCCUUCACACCAGGCAGCUGCUCUUACACACACACACAGAGGGAAACCGAGGAGGAAGAGAGAAAGAAUAGAAAGAGUGAAAGGGAAGGAAGAACAAGGAAUGGUGGGGUAGAGGGAAAGAGAGAGGGAGAGUGCAGAGAGUGAAGUUGGAAAGAAAGGGAUAGAGAGAGCAUUGAGGUUGUGACAGAAAAAGGAAGUGUGUUGGGGGGAGAGAGAGAGAGAGAUGGAGAGAGAAGAGCAUUGAGGUCGAGGGGGGAGAGAAAGAGAGAGAGAAAGGAAAAGGAGAGUGUUGAUGGAGAGAGAGGCAGAUUGGUGGUCGGACUGGAAGUGAAGGAGCGACCACACAUGCAGCGAGAGCGAGCUGGAGGUAGACUCUGAAUGAAGAUAACAGAUUUGUGGCUGUACAUGGUGCAUCCGUUGUCACGGUAGCGGCCAGUGCAGGAUUUGGCCGGUGAGCUGCGACGAAGCGCUGCUGGAGCAAGAACUUCACGGGCAAGCCGGACAGAGAGAGAAAGAGAACGAUGCGGAUCAGCUGAUCACCGCCGCACACGAGCCGGACAGACAUUGUCAGCUGGCGCUGAGCCAGUCUGCGCUCGUCCUCGUCAUCCCUCUCUCUUUCACCUCUCUGUUUAUCUGCGUCCUUGUUUCACCUGUUCCUUUCUGCUGCUGCUAAACAAAACCUUCUAUUCACUCUCAAGUGCUCUUUGCUCUUUAAUAUCUCUCGUUCGUUUCUUCAUUUCUUUGUGUUAGUGGUAGUUUGUUGUUGUGGUGGCUGGAGGUUUGAUCAGAAAGAGCCUGCAACUGUCUUCAGUUUUCUAUUCUCAGCCCAGUUCACUCAGGGCAUGCUGACCAGAUGGAGCGAAAAAGAGAGAGAGAGAGAUGCAGCGUAGAGGUCUUGCCAGGGUGUUUAUGAACUGUAGCCAGUGGGCAUGAACUGGCCCUCCACAUGAGCUGAAUGUUCCCUGCUUGAAGACUGCAUGCUUGAUGUGUUUUAUUUCUCAGUCCGUAUGGAGUUGAACCUGUGCUGAAUGGGAAGUGUGCUGUUAUCAGUAGUAUUAGACAUUAGGUGCCCUUGUAAGGGAUUGACGUUGUGGCAGAUUGAAGUGAGCUUGAAUGGCUUAUCAGCUACAGUUUAAUUACUGGCAGGUUCAUCACAGCCUUAGGAUCAAAGUUUUUGUUGUUGUUGUUUAAUGAAGAGAUCAUACAUAACCAACAGCGGACGCCUUGCAUGGAGAAGAUGGAUAACGGAUUUAUCAGCAUGACAGAAAAAUAGUGCUGACUAAGGUUGAAGGUAUAUAUAAAGAUAUAUGUAGUACUAAUUAAGGAAGGGUGAGGUAUACCUGCAUAUAGACUUGUAGUAGUUCUUUAAUGUGACCGGUUAGUAAGUAGGUUAAUAAAAAAAGCCUUGAUUUUUGGCUCUCUGUAUGUAGAUUUAUGUAAUUUCCUGCGUGAAUGGUGGAACAAGAUGACACAUCAUAAGGGUAUAUGCUGAAAAGGAUAGUGUCAAAACUAGUGCCAGGGGCCAGUUGUCCCACUACCAUUUUUGUCACCUUGGUGCUUAGCCCCCUGCGUAUUGCCCUGCUGGAGCCCCAUGAGUGCCCCGGCCGCGGAGGCCUGGUUGGGAGAUGAAGCAGUUGUGCCCUCUGCUGCUCUAGCGGCCCUGUGGGCCCUCAUGGCUCAGGAAGGCCCCUGCCCCUCCGACCCCGAACCUGCCCCUGCGCCCUCUACCUCCUCUUCCCCACCCCAUCUGGCGUCCCGCCGCCGUCACCAGGCCCGUCCCGGGACACCACGGGCUUCUGCCACCCCGUCCCAGCAGCUCCCGACAUUAGCCCUUCUGGCUCGGACUCGUUUGCACGGCCUGCGUCAGGCCUGCACUCCGGCCAGUUCUGUGGGUCGCCGGGCUUUCUGGACGCUGGCCCUCUGCACGUCGAUGGGCCUGCUGUUGUCCUGGUCAUCAAAUCGGCUGCUGCACUGGCUCGCCUUCCCCACACAUACACGAGUACACACAGAAUGGGCGCGAGAACUGGCCUUCCCUGCUGUCACCAUCUGCAACAACAACCCAGUGCGCCUGUACCGUCUCACCAAAAGCGACCUCUACUUCGCCGGUCACUGGUUGGGCCUCCUGCUGGCCAACCGCACGGCCCGGCCACUGGUGCUGGACCUGCUGCAUGAGGACAGAAGAGCUUGGUUCAGAAAACUCUCAGACUUCCGCCUCUUUCUGCCACCGAGGCACUUUGAAGGAACCAGCCUGGAGUUCAUGGACCGUCUGGGUCACCAAUUGGAGGACAUGCUGCUGGGCUGCAAGUACAGAGGAGAACCAUGUGGUGCUCACAACUUCUCCACAGUGUUUACGCGGUAUGGGAAGUGUUAUAUGUUCAAUGCAGCUGAAGAAGGUAAGACUCUGAGGACCACAAUGAAGGGAGGAACCGGCAACGGCCUGGAGAUCAUGCUGGACAUUCAGCAAGAUGAGUACCUGCCUGUGUGGGGGGAAACAGAGGAGACAGCGUUUGAGGCCGGUGUGCGGGUGCAGAUCCACAGUCAUGCGGAGCCUCCGUUCGUUCAUGAGCUCGGCUUCGGGGUGGCACCUGGCUUCCAGACCUUCGUAGCCACACAAGAGCAGCGGCUGACAUAUCUGCCUCCUCCGUGGGGGGAGUGUGUGUCGCGGGCGCUGGACUCAGGCUUCUUCCAGGUCUACAGUGUCACAGCCUGCCGCAUCGAGUGUGAGACACGCUACAUUGUGGAGAACUGCAACUGCAGGAUGGUCCACAUGCCAGGAGAUUCUCCAUACUGCACCCCAGAACAGUAUAAAGACUGUGCAGAACCUGCUCUUGCUGCUCUGUCCGCAGUAGAGGGCAGUAACUGUGUGUGCAGAAACCCUUGCAACAUGACACGCUAUAACAAAGAGCUGUCCAUGGUCAAGAUCCCCAGCAAGACGUCAGCGCGCUACCUGGAGAAGAAGUUCAACAAAUCAGAGAAGUACAUCACGGACAACAUCCUGGUCUUGGACGUCUUCUUUGAGGCAUUAAAUUAUGAGACCAUUGAGCAGAAGAAAGCGUAUGAGGUGGCUGGCCUGCUAGGCGAUAUUGGCGGUCAGAUGGGGUUGUUCAUCGGUGCAAGCAUACUGACAAUCCUUGAGCUGUUCGACUACGCCUAUGAGGUGGUGAAGGAGAGACUCCUGGAUCUCUUGAGUCGAGACGAGGAGGAAGAGAGCAGAGGAGAAGACGUGAGUACCUGUGAUCCUGUAGUGAAUCACUCAGAGACGAUCAGCCACACGGUCAGUGUUCCACUACAGACCACUCUAGGGACGCUGGAGGAGAUUGCCUGCUGAGCGCACAUCCCCUCUACACCACCGGAGGUGCAACCACAAAUUCUUCUCUCUCCCUACUCACAGGGCUGGCGUCUGGGGUUGAGGGACAAAAUGAAAAGAGGAGAUGAAACAAAGACUCACUCUCUCUCUUUCUGCUCAAACUGUUAUAAGAUCAUCUUGCACAAACACAUGAAAACAAGCGUUGCAGCAGCUCUGACAGGCAACAUAAAGCAAGGAGGAUGCUGAACUCUUUCCAUACACACACAUACAGUUCCCAAAGCCGAGACUGAGGCAAGACAAGUUUGAGACAAUUCCGAACAAAAACCAAGUGUGUGUGAAUGUGCUCUCGCGUAGGACUUCAGUGUGUAAAUGUCUCUCUCUUCGCUCAGCCGCCGUUUUGAAGUCUACUGCCAAAAACAUGAAGAAAUACCAGAGAAAACAUGGUGAACCUCCUCUAACUUUGCAUGUGUCUGUUUCUCGGGCUACGAUGCGGUUUUCUCUUGCUGUUUGUUCUCUGUGUGUGUCUCUGCGUCUGUUUGGCCUGUGAGAUGCCUCCAUGUACGAAUGUCCUGAACCCGAAAGCAGCGCUCUUCCCUUUCCUUUUCCUCUUCCUCCUUCAUGCAUUCUUACCCCCUUUUUUAAUGAAUCCAAAAAUCCCUACAAAUCACAGUGACAGUUCUGCUAUUGUGGCCUCAUCUUUUGACUGGCUAAUGAAGGUCUGUCUCCAGCCUUCAACUUUUCCCCUCACUACUUAAAGAGAAGGAAGAACAAUACUUUGGAACAGAAAAAUACAAGAUUAAAAAAAGUGUCUGUGUCUUUUGUGAGACGAAGCCUUAAGUUCUGUUCAUCUUAGAGGAUGAGCUGUAGUUAAUGAGUAGAGCUCCUGUUGCUUAGAUUUUGUUUCACCAGACAAUAAAUUAAAUUUUCCCAUAUUUUCAAUACAUUUCAGAUCUUUAUGAGCAGCCGCAUCUUUGGAAAUCUCUAUUAUUAUUAUUAUUAUUAUUUUUGUUAUUAUGCUUAUUUCAUCAAAUGAUCAACAACACAUUACCUAAGGUAAAACAGCAAGGUUCCCAAAUGGUUCUUGGCUUGGAUAUAUAAUUCUAGGAAAAGAAUCACCGCUAUAAUAGAAGCCUUACAUUAUGUGGAGGUUCUUUAAACAUUGCAAGGGUUCUUAACUGUCACUGUAUCUCUUUUACAAAAGAACCAUCCAUUGAAAGGCCAUUGAAAGUUGUUCCUUUAUGAUAUCAGCCCAAAGAACACUUUUUGGCACUUUUGAAAGGCCCAUAUCAUGAAAAAAUGCAUUGGACCUGUUCACUCCCCAAUCCAUGUAUAUGGAAAAUAAACAUCAAACACAGCCUGGUUUUAGGAUGUCAACAGAACCAAUACAUUUACAUAUAUCUGCUUAUUUAACUGACAGAAAGUAGGUUUUUCAGCCCAAAAUGUUCCUUGAGGUACAAAACAGGGCAGCCAAUCAGAACAGAAGUCAUUUACAUAAAGGCAUAAUAUCUAAAACAGGCUGUGUAAUUCUAAGGGAUAAAGAGAGGUGGGAAAGUGAUCAUGCACAAAUGAAUUAUAACUGUUUCAGGUAUAUAAAAACACACAAGUGGACCUUAUAAAUAAAAUAAAAUACAUAGAAAAUGAAGGGCAAAGAGGUCAGUGAUGACAGCAAAUCUACGAUAACCUGAAGAAAAAAAGAAAAUUUUACAAAAUGCAAGUGUGAGGGUUCAAAUUUACAUAUAUAGAUUACAAAGCAGAGAUUGUAUAUACUACUGAGUAGUACCUACAACCCCCCCCCCCCCCCCCCCACCCCACCAUAUAGAUCAUACAGUGGACAUAAGAUACAAGCCUAAUGGGAUGCUAAUGGCAUGGAACGGUAGCCAUUAGCAUUGUGGUUGCUGUUCUCCUAGUAAACCACUAAAGAACGUGACAUACACACACAAAGAGGCUUAAAAAGCUCUUUUUCUCUCGCACUGUAAUAGAUGUGCUUUCAGAUGUAAGUCAUUACAUUCGCUCUUCCCCCACACAGUUUUAUCAGCCUUGAACACUUAAGUCUCUGCUGUUGUUUGUGGGACAUAAAAAUUAAGCCUCAUCAUCAUCACAUUGUCAUACGUUUUAAAAAUGCGUUCACUGUAGCUCAUUACUGCAUCAGGUUUCUGGGUUAUUAAACGUUAAUCAUUUUAAUUAGUGGCGCACCUAAUAAAUUCAGAUGUUGACGUGUUUAUCAUCCCAUAAAGUGGCUCUAAGGAGAAUGAGUGUUCAUUCAUAAGCCAACUGAAUAGCGGUCUUGGAUGUGCAGUUCAGUGCACCAAGAUUGAGCUGAUUUGUGAAGCGCUCAUUAACACAGUUUGGAGUUUUACUGGCUAAAGACUUCUCCAACUCCCCUGCUUUUGGGACCACCUCCUCUGGCUCAUCACCAUGGAAACCGUCGGCAUCUGUUGCACAGCUUCGGGGGGCUCAUGGAAAAGAAAACAAAUUAAUUUAAUUAAAUAAAUCGAGGUCCUGGUUUUUCUAGGCCUCGGACGAGCCCUCUAGGCCCUCUGCUCCCUCCUGACACACACCUCGGGCUCUGCGAGAAUGUAAAGUCGUAAAUUUCCGUGCUAAUAUGCUUUUAUUUCAUUAUGAACUAGCAUUAUUAUUUUCCUCCUCUGUCAGCCUUAUUCAGAGGGCAUGUUUACCAUUUACACACACCCCCCCCAUCAUAAUGCCAUAAUAUUGAUUCAUGCAGAAGAACUCCUCAACGAAGGGAAUUAGCAGCCAUGAUAGAGAGAAGGUGUGACGCUAAUGUGACUAAAGCGAAGUGGAGUAAUGACUGUGUGGUGCUGGCUGCUUGUGGCGGUGAAGAGAGUGAUAUUGUGGUGUUAAUGCAGUUGUGGGCCACGUUUGGUUAAAUGAAAACACAGGCAGACAGAGUGAAUAACAGCUCCUGCAGUUUAGCGGAGUCAUUCUCUGAGAGGUCUGUGUGAGUUUGUGACUCCCAUCCAUUUGUUUUGGGGCCCAACUGUGGUUGUGUUGAUUAAAUGCUCUGUGAAGGUAUGUUUUUAAAACUGAUGUGUUCUGAAGAGUUUGUUCAUUAACAAAUUCAGCAUUUGGCGUGCUGGGUUUAUAAGGCACUCUGAAAGUUUUAAUUGUAGCCAUUGUACAUUACCGCAUUUGUAUACCUCCUCAACCAAUCAAUGAAUGGACAGGUUCUGUGCUCUCUCACAAGUGGCUCAGUAACGAUAACAAGUGUCAAAUGAUAUGUUAAUAUUAAACUGGUGUACACAUAAGGCUGGUUUUGUGGAUAUGGAUUAAGCCUGUUCUUAGACUAAACUACAAUGUCAAUGGUGUUUUACCAUUAAAAAUUCCACCUAGUCUAUGCUUAGACUUGGGCUGGGUCAGGGAAACUGGUCAGUAGUAAUGUAAGCCAUGUAGCUAAACCAGGCUACAGUGUUUAUUUUGUAAAGGUGACUUUACUGCUGAUAUCCACAGAGUUGCCAGGUUAUUAUAAACAUUAAUCUUCUACCUUCAUUUUUUGGCCAUUUUAUCAGAAACACCCACCGUAGUUGCACUUUGUAGGCUUGCAGUUACUGACUGUAGCCUGUCUGCUGGUGCACAACUUAUCAGACACCUCUACACCAUCCA